CGGGUAAAUAUUAUUCUGCGGAAAAUUGUUGUUCCCUGAAUCGCUGACAGAGCAAAGAGCGAUAAGGUUAGGCAGAAAAAUAGUUAUAUAUAUAAACUGUACAUAUACUUUAUUCAUAUGAAACUAUGUGACGCGGCAAGAUAUACAAUCUCGAUCCGAAAAGCAUCUGGCAUUUUAAUUUCGACGCUGCGGAAUUUAUCGAUUUGUCAAGAACGCGGCUGUUGGGUCAAGAAAGGGGAUUCCCAGGUAAACUGUGACCGCAGUCGUUGAUCGCUGAUCACAGUUCGUCCGAUGAUCAAAACCAGUCAGUGCUACAACGGCGACAGCGGCGCCAUGUCUGAGGAAGAGUCGUUCGUCAUCUUGGGCAGCUCGCCGUACUCCUCGCUGCAGCCCGACGUCAGUUCCCUGGUCUUCGAUGGUCUGGACGACGUACAGGAGGCCAAGGAACCCGUUGCCUCGACGAGCACUCAGCAAACUGUUGCCGCAAUGGCCAGUGUUCCGGGCAGCAUGACUUCAUCGCAGGUGCAGCCCAAAUCGCUGGACUCCGGAUCAUCGCAGCACCAGUCCCUGGCGGCCAGCUUCAUCAUGGGCGAAGUGCCAUCCGAUGUCCUAAAGAACAGUGUUUACUCGCAGUUUCCCAGCCUCUGCUCGCUUCAGGCUUCCGCCGAGGAUGUGGUCAAGCUGCAGAACAUGAUUGCGGAAUACGCUGCCCUAAAGAGCACACUUGACAAACUGAACCACACCAUGCUGAACUACCACAAGUUGACGCAGCAAUGGCGCCAGGAGGCAGCCGACCGGGAGCAGCAUUGCAAGGAUCAGCUGCAGGAGUGUCAGGCGCAGGUCGAGCAGCUUCGCGAUGAGAACCAGAAGUUGAAGGCUGACCUGGAGACAAAGAUGGAGCAGAUCAAGGUGGUUCAGGACUUUAGCCAGAAGGAGCAGGACGAGCUCCGGCAGAGCGUGUCCGAGAAGAAGUCUCUGAUCGACAACAUGCGGGUGGAGAUCGACAAACUGCAGCAGCUGAAGAUGCACUCGUUCGAGUUUGUACCUGAGGACGGAGGUAAAACGGAUCCGGAUCCGGACAAGGCUUUGCACUAUGUCCAAAGGGACGAGCACGAUCGCCAAGUGCGAGACCUGCAGCGCCAGCUCUCUAAACUGCUGGCGGAAAACCUAGAGAUCAAUGAGAUGAAAAAGACCUACAUCGAGGAGAUCGACUGCUUGAAGGUUAACUAUACCAGCGCCCAGGAGCUGAUGGACAAAAUGCAGCGGGACAUCAACGAACUGAAGGCCAGGGACAUUCAGAAACAGGAGGUGAUCGAACAUCUGCAGACUCAGAAUGACAUAUACCGCAAGGACUUCGAAAUGGAGCGGGCAGAUCGCGAGAAGAACGCCGGCGAGAAAGAGCAGUACCUAAUGGACUUGCGGGCACUGCAGAGGAGAAACCAGGAGCUAAUCGAAGCGCUGGCCGAGUCCCACAAGGCCAACAAAGCGGGCUCGGCCUCGCCCUCCUCUUCUUUGAGUUCGAGCAGGAGCAGUCUGCGGGAGGAUCAGAGACCAGUAAGAGUUCUCGAUCCAACUGCCGCCGCCAGCCGGACUUCGGACUCCGUUCUACGCUGUCCCAUCUGCUCAAAGUCCUUUAACGCCCUGAGUGUGCUGCAGAGCCACGUUAACGAUUGUUUGGACAAAAACUAACCACUAAUAUAUUUUUGUAGUACAUUAUUACUUAAGCUUAAAUAUUGGCCAACCGGCCAAUUGCACAUUAUAUAAAAAAACAGAACACUAA